AUGCCGGUUUUCUGUUACAUACGAGUUGAUUGGUUUUUCUAUCAUGGCAGUUUCGUUGAGAUGUUUUCUUCGCAGAGUGUUACAUUUGAAGAUCAUAAAGCUGAUUUUGACUCGGACAAUUGUUCCAUGGACACAUCGGAGGAGUCUAUCCUUGAUGAAUAUGAGGGCUCUGAUGUUGAGAUUGAUGGACCAGAACUGGAAGACGCCAUAAAACAAUCAUCGGAUAACGAUAAUGCUCGUCAACUAACUGUUUCUGAAUUGGAAGAAGAUCAGAAAGCUGAUUCUGACUUGGAUGAUUCUUCCCUGGACACACGGGAGGAGAGCAUAGUUGAUGAACACGACGGCUCUGAUUUUGAACUCGAUGAACCAGAACUGGAAGAUUCCAUAGAGAAUCUGGAAUCUAUCAGUGGCUCAGACCUAGAUGGACGAGACAGAGAUAGCAUGGAAUCAUGGACGGAAUCCGAGUCUUUAUCAGCAGAUUCAUCCUCCUCUAACCAGCUACUUGUUAAAGCUAAAGAAGAGAAGCUUCCCCGCCAAAAGCCAGUUGUGAAAGGGAAAGCUAAGGUGAAGGAGAAGGCUGUGCUCGGUGACGUGUUCGCAAAAUAUGGGUCCAGAGAAGCUGCUUUGGCUUCAAAGGGAGAUAGCUAA